AUGUCCUCCGACGCCGCGCGGCACGCGCAGCUCGAGGCCAAGCUCGACUCGCUGGCUUCGCUGAGGCAGGAGGUGCAGCGCCUCUACGAGUCAACGCGCGCCGAGCUUUACGCUGUGCGCGAGGAGGUGACGCGCGAGCGGAGGGCACGCGUCGCCCUCGGAGCGGAGAACGCACGGCUGCAGGAGUGGAACCGAGAGCUGUCUGCGCAGCUCUCGAGCCUGCUCGAGCAGCGGCUCCGACUCGAGCUCGCUUCGGUGGCGGAGAUGCUGCGCGACCUCGCCGAGGCGGGCGCGCGGGUGGCGCAGCUCGAGCGGCACAUUGCGAGCCAGGCGGAGGCGGAGGCGCAGCUGCGCGAGGCGCGCCGGCAGCAGGCGGCGCUGGAGGACUGCUGA